AUGGAAGUGCGGCUCAUCAUCAUAUCGGGCCGCGCAGGCUCGGGCAAGACCUCGACGGCACACGAAAUGUCGGAGCAGCUGAAGCGCCUCGAGGUGCGCCACGCGCACAUCGACGGCGACAACCUCGACGCCGUGUUCCCCGCCGACGCCGGCUCCGACAUGCUCCUCGCCAACCUCGCCGCGCUCUGGUCCAACUACUACCACCUGCGCGGCGUCGACCGCCUCAUCGUCUCCGGCACCGCCGCCGUGCUCGAGACGGAGCGCAUCGUCCGCACGCUGCGCCGCGUCACCGCCUCCAUCCCGACCCUGCACUUUUCCGCCUCCUCGUCGCCGCCGUCGCCGGGGGGCAAGGACUCGCCGCCGAGGCUGGGCGGCAAGGACGGCAGGAUGAUGCCCCCGGCGUCGGUCACGGCGAGGGCCUUCAUACUGCAGGUGCCGGACGCGCUGGCGGAGAGGAGGCUGCGGCAGCGAGAGGUCGGCUCGGAGCUGCCGGCGCUGCUGGCGGGGAGUCGGCGCAUGGCGGGCGUGCUGGAGAGUCAGGUGGGUGGCUGGGCGAGGCGCGUGCCGACGGACCAGAGGGAGGUCAAGGAGGUGGCGAUGGAUAUCCUGCGCACGGCUGGCUGGAUAUGA